AUGUACUUGGACGAUGGGCUUGGUGUGCAUGAUGAUAAAGAAUUGUGUAUUGAAAUGUCUAUACAGGUUAAAAAAGACAUAAUAAGUAGCGGUUUUGUACCUAAAGCUGAAAAGUCUAUGUGGACACCUACUAAAAAUCUAACUUUUUUAGGUACUAAUAUUGAUACAGAUAAAAGCGUUUUUACUAUUCCUGAAAAUCGUAUUGAUAAGAUAAUGAGUACUAUUUCAGACAUUGAUUUGUGUUUAACCAAAAGUGGUAAAGUAUUUGUAAGGAAGGUAGCUUCCUUGGUAGGACAGAUUAUAUCUACGUCUCCCGUUAUAGGCAAUAUAGUAUAUUUAAUGACUAAACAUUUGUCUAUUGCCAUUAAUAGUGUUCAUUCAUGGAACAGUUAUAUACAUUUAUCUGUAGAAAGUAUUGAUCAAAUUAAUUUUUGGAGGUUUAAUUUACAUAAAGCCAAUGUUAAACCUUUUAAGACUGAUGUUUCUUGGCAGACUAUUGUAUAUAGUGAUGCAAGUAAUACGGGUUACGGUGGUUAUAUCGUGGAAAACCCAUAUAAUAUUGCUCAUGGUAUGUGGUUAGAAUCUGAAGUUUCUACUAGUUCUACAUGGAAGGAGUUGACUGCGGUGAAAAAUGUAUUUUUGUCGCUGAUAGACUUUUUAAGUGACAAGAAUGUAAAAUGGUUUACUGACAAUCAAAAUGUUGUUAGCAUUGUUAGUAAAGGGAGCACUAAAUCAGUACUGCAAAAGUUAGCUUUAGACAUUUUUAGCACAUGUAUUAAACACAAUGUUAAUAUAGAUAUGGUAUGGAUCCCCCGUACUGAGAACGAGAGAGCUGAUUAUCUAAGUAGAAUUAUUGAUUCAGAUGAUUGGGCUAUUUCUGAAUUUGUAUUUCAGAUAGUUGAAUCCCUUUGGGGACCUCACGAGGUUGAUUGGUUUGCCUCUGACGACAAUUUUAAAUUGCACGUUUUUUAUUCCAGAUUUUGGAAUGAGAAUUCAUCAGGUGUUGAUGCUUUCACGGUUGAUUGGCGAGGGAUCAACGGGUUAUUUGUUCCACCUGUUUCUUUGAUCCCUCGUGUAUUGAUGUAUAUGCGGCAGUGUAAAGCUGUUGGUACUUUAAUUUUACCAUACUGGCCCUCUGCCAGUUUUUGGCCAAUGCUUUGUCCUUUUGGUGAUGGGUUUAUUUCUGAGGUGGUGGAUUCUAUAGAUCUUCCUACUUACAAAAAUGCUUAUAUAGCUGGUAAGAGUAAGAAGGCCAUAUUUGGCAAUGUUGAUUUAACUUUUCGCAUGUUAGCGUUAAGGAUGGAUUUUUCAUCCAGUUAG